ACUUGGAGCGGAGUGCAGGGGGGCAGUGAAACGCCCCGCCAUCUGGCCCGCGCCGCGCCGGGGGGAUGCCCCGGCGCCCCGACGAGCAGCCGCGAAGCCCACCCGGGCCGGGGGCUGCCCGGUGCCCGAGCGCGGGUCCCCUCCGAGCCGCCCAGGGGGCCCCAAAAGUUUGCACUUGUUAGCGGCGACCUCCCGCUCGGCCGGGGCGGGCGAUGCGGGCGGCUGGGGCGGGCCCCUCCCCCGGCCCGCGUCUCCGGGACGGCUGCGGGCGGCCCCCCCGGCGGCCGGAGGGCUCCCCAGCCCCGAUCUGACGGCCGCGGCGGCGGCGGCCACAGCGGCAGCGGGAGCAGCGCGGGGAAGCAGAACCGGCUCGCAGCCCUCGGCCCUCGCCCCACCCAGCGCCAGCCAGACGGGGGAGGCGGAGCGCCGAGGGUGGCGGUCCUCGGCCUCCCGGGUCUCCGCUCCGGGAAGCCGCUCCGAGCCGGGGUGUUGUUGCUAACGAGCUCUCUCUCCUCCGUUCUUACAAUGAAAGACAAGCCAGACCCCGGGUACCUGGAUGGAUUGGGAGCUGAAGUCUCAGAAACUUCCUAAUAAGUUGCCCAUGGCUACCAGCCAAGGUCAGCUGGUUCCCAUUAGCGCCUGUCCCCACCAAAGACGAGCCAAAUAAGUUGCUCCCCAGUUAACACCUCAGUCGCUUUUUUUAUGCUCCAGUCCAGCUGCACAAUUGUUGUCACUUUAAGCCCAUAUGAAAAGAAAUCUCUUUUAUGGGUCCAAAAUGCCAAGUCCAAUCCCAUAGAGGGAACGUGUUUGCAGCAAACAGGUACACCUCCUGAUUUUACUUUAUCUUUACAACGCAGGCCGGAGGGUUGUUUUGCAGUUGUGUUGAGCGCACAUCACACACUCAGGGCCCUUUAAAGACCCGGGUUGAUUGGAAGGACCAAAAUUAAAAGCAAUCUGAUCCGGCCUCACGCCAGAUCCCUGCGGAUUUUCUCCCUAUCCCAUUUCCAUCCACCGUCACAAUUUGAGAGUCUGCCUGAUCUGAUCAGAUUCCCCUCUGGGGGAGGUGUGAUGCCAAGGUUAGGAGGACGCCAAGUUGUGGGCAACUUCUCGAUCUGCCCAUCAGCAGUCUGAGAAACGCUGGCUCUGAGUUUUCCACAUCGGCCUCUUGGAAAAAACAAGUUCCUCGCUGUUUGCAACCUGGCAGAGUCCCUGGGACAUCCGGCCUCCGUCGCCUGGUAGAUGUGGCUUUUCCAUGCUGGGGCGGCGAGGCCCUCCUGACCCAGUCGCCACCUCUCCGGUCCCUCUCUGGGCCUCGCCCCUGGGGACUGCGCCGCCAUGCUGCACCUGCUGGCUCUUUUCCUGCACUGCCUCCCGCUGGCCUCUGGGGACUACGACAUCUGCAAAUCCUGGGUGACCACGGAUGAAGGCCCCACCUGGGAGUUCUAUGCCUGCCAGCCCAAGGUGAUGCGCCUGAAGGACUAUGUCAAGGUGAAGGUGGAGCCCUCCGGCAUAACGUGUGGAGACCCCCCUGAGAGAUUCUGCUCCCACGAGAACCCCUACCUGUGCAGCAACGAGUGUGACGCCUCCAAUCCGGACCUGGCUCACCCGCCCCGGCUCAUGUUGGACAGGGAGGAUGAGGGCCUGGCCACCUACUGGCAGAGCGUCCCCUGGAGCCGCUACCCCAGCCCGCUGGAGGCCAACAUCACCCUGUCGUGGAACAAGAGCCUGGAGCUGACGGACGACGUGGUGGUGACGUUCGAGUACGGCCGGCCCACCGCCAUGGUCCUGGAGAAGUCGCUGGACAACGGGCGCACGUGGCAGCCCUACCAGUUCUACGCAGAGGACUGCAUGGAGGCCUUCGGCAUGCCCGCCCGCCGCGCCCGCGACCUGUCGGCGUCGGGUGCCCACCGGGUGCUGUGCACGGAGGAGUACUCGCGCUGGGCCGGCUCCAAGAAGGAGAAGCACGUGCGCUUCGAGGUGCGCGACCGCUUCGCCAUCUUCGCCGGCCCCAACCUGCGUAACAUGGACAACUUGUACACGCGGCUGGAGAGCGCCAAGGGCCUCAAGGAAUUCUUCACCCUCACCGACCUGCGCAUGCGGCUGCUGCGCCCGGCGCUGGGCGGCACGUAUGUGCAGCGCGAGAACCUCUACAAGUACUUCUACGCCAUCUCCAACAUCGAGGUCAUGGGCAGGUGCAAGUGCAACCUGCACGCCAACCUGUGCUCCGUGCGCGAGGGCAGCCUGCAGUGCGAGUGUGAACACAACACCACAGGCCCUGACUGCGGCAAGUGCAAGAGGAGCUUCCGCACACGGUCCUGGCGGGCUGGCUCCUACCUGCCACUGCCCCACGGCUCUCCCAAUGCGUGUGCCGCCGCAGGCUCUGCCGUUGGCAGCAUCCGCAGGUCCCGGAAAGACCCCGUCCCCAAAGCCCCUGUGGCCGCCGUGGCCGUGAGGGGGCACCCCACCACUCCUGCCCCUUCCACAUCCACUUCUUGGGCCCCCAUGGCCCCCAGCACCCCACAGCCCACAGAGUGGAUCAGGCCAUCUACUGCUGCCCCCCUCUGGGUGAGCGCCCCCUGGCCCCAGGUGUCCUCCAGUGCAGAAGCUGCGGGCACCUCCGCCGCUGCCCCCGCCCCCGCCAAGGCCUCCAGACUUUUCCAGCUCAGGCCCAAAUCUCCUCAAGUGAUGCCUAUUGAAGAAUUUGAAGACUGCGAGUGCUACGGCCACUCCAACCGCUGCAGCUACAUCGACUUCCUGAACGUGGUGACCUGCGUCAGCUGCAAGCACAACACACGAGGCCAGCACUGCCAGCACUGCCGUCUGGGCUACUACCGCAACGGCUCCGCGGAGCUGGACGACGAGAACGUGUGCAUUGAGUGUAACUGCAACCAGAUCGGCUCCGUGCACGACCGGUGCAACGAGACCGGCUUCUGCGAGUGCCGCGAGGGCGCGGCGGGGCCGAAGUGCGACGACUGCCUCCCCACGCACUACUGGCGCCAGGGCUGCUACCCCAACGUGUGCGACGACGACCAGCUGCUGUGCCAGAACGGCGGCACCUGCGUGCAGAACCAGCGCUGCGCCUGCCCGCGCGGCUACACCGGCGUGCGCUGCGAGCAGCCCCGCUGCGACCCCGGCGCCGCCGACGGCGGCCUGGACUGCGACCGCGCGCCCGGGGCCGCCCCGUGCCCCGCCACGCUGCUCGGCUGCCUGCUGCUGCUGCGGCUGGCCACCUGCCUGGACUGCUGAGACCCGCGGAGAAACCCCGGCCGGGGGUGGGGGGAGGCGGUCCGUGCGCCCCGCCGCGCCCUGCGCCCCGCGCCCGGAGAGCCGGGAGCCCGGGGGCCGGCGUCGGAGGCCCGGCGGCCAGAAGGGUGCGGCCCGAGCUGCUCCCAGGUGCUACUCAGCAGAGUCCUCCCGCCCCGUCCCCCCCGAAGUGGCACCUGCCCCCGCCCCGGCGCUGCAGCAGGGGAUGCUGUGUGGUCGCGGCCCCAGCGGCCCGCGAUUUCGGUCUUAGUUUUUCUUUUAUAUUACCCACCGACCCUUUCCUUUUUUUUUUUUUUUUAGCUGGCGGUGAGGCAGGGGCGUGGGAGAAGCUGCUCAUCCCAACAGCCCCAGGUCCUGCCUCCUGCCUCCCUCUCCCCCCCACCCCCCCCCCCACACACGACUGUUGCAGACACCCCCUGCGCCUGUCCCUGGCUCACCAUCAGCCAGAGGACCCGAAAAUCCAGUUGCCUACACCUCUAGUCGCUGACUUGAUUCUCUUUUCUAUUCUUUGUUUUCCCUUACAACCCACCAGACCCCAGGCCUUUCCAGAGGCCUGGUGACCAAGGAGCUCGCUGUCUGGGGGAAGGGAGUUAGGAAGGAGGGUUGGGAGGGCUGGAAACUUACUUUUGUAGAGAACUAUUUUUGUUUGUAUUAACCGCCCCUAUAAGGAGGGACAAAGAGCGGGGACGCUGGACACCACGGGGGUGGUUGAUGGUGUAUAAUCUGACAGUAAAGAAUCUGCUCACUGCU